AUCUGAAGCUCAAUGCAGCUCAAAGGCUAUCAAGCCAUUCAGGUCAAAAUUAGACCGCCGGUGGCCGGAUGGUUGCGCAGGCAAUUCCCGUCAAAGUUACAGUAUUAUCAUGCACACUUUGCAGCCACACUUGCAGCGCGCAGAGCGACCUAGAAGGCUAGAACCGGACAUGCUUCUUUGCGCCAGCGCGACGGCGAGGCGCUGUAGUUAAUUUAAGCCUGGUUGUCGGCAGCCGCACCCCCUUUCUCGUUGAUCCCUCUUUCCACGCUCAAAUCGGUCGCUUUUCCAACUUCCAUACUCCAUUGUCAUAAGUUUCGAUCCUCACCCUGGCGCUGACAAUUGAGAGGAGUCAAUUCGCUGCCCUAAUCGCUGCGCGCGCACUCCCGUCUGCCCACUAACGUUAAACUACCGAUUCGCGUCUUCCCAAACGAUGUGGUGAAGAACGCCUGGCGAGAGCACCUGCGCUGUUCGAUUGCGGCCUCUGCGUCGCGAACGCAGCCAUGGCCGACGACUUUUUAGAUGAUCCUAGUUUCGAUGAUUAUCUCAAUGAUUUUACCGACUUUCUUCCUGAAGACGAUCUCUUACAGCUUGUAAAUCUCAGCCUGCCGGUGCCGCAGCUUCUUUCUUUCUCUUCGCCAUCCUUUUCCCUCCGCGACGCCCCGUUCAGGACGACUCUGGGCCCCAUCGAGCCACCAGCGAAUGCCUACUCCAGCCUCGGCCGCCGACAGCCGCUAGGAACCCCCUUCCGGCCGCCCCUUGACACCUCGCGAAUCACUGGUGCAUCCUCCGUUGCUAGGCGAACACGUCCUGUCGGUACGAACGCUAGCCCUGCUCCGGGACCCACCCUGCCCGGUGCAUCCAAUCCGCCGACGCCGGCUGCCCCGCGACGCCCCGCGCCCUCAUCAAGCUCCAUCAACCCAUCAUCGGCCACCAACAGAUCCCUGCCAAUCCCGAACCAAAUUCUCAACUCCAAUCACUCCAAUCCGCCACCGCUUCCUAACCCGAACAGAUCCGCAACAACAGGAACAACGAACACGAGCAGCAGCGCUUUUUCAUCCAACAGACCGCCAAACGGCCUUCCCUCGGCGCGUUCAGACCGUGGCGAACUUGAUAGCGACGACUUUUUGUUUCUAAACGAGCUUUCUUCCCGCGAUUUCUCCAGCCCUCCUCCGCUUGCUGGCCAGUCAUCCCGACAGCACCUCAACGUAAGGAUCGCCCAAAACAACACUACUUCUUCGGGACAAGCGAGCCGCCCGUCCAUCCGCCUCCCUAUCACCGAGAGAAAUAGCCAAAGCAACACUACUUCUUCGGGACAAGCGAGCAGUCGUUUCAGCACAAGUGGCACCGGCGCAACAGCUACUGGUUCGAGAUCAACGCCAGGGUCGGCCUUGAGGCGGGAAGCCGAAAACUCGAGCGAGAUGGCGUCGCAAACACGGUCCAAGCCGGGGCCCCGGAUCGGUGACUUGACACUUCCCUCAGCGCCGAGCGGUAGCGCGGCUGGUUCGUCAACCACUCCUGCUUCCUCGUUAGGCCAGCAGAGAUCCUCAAGAGGAAGCACAUCACAACUCUCACAACAGCAGCCCAGCCAGGGCUUUUCGAGCAGCAGCAGCAAGCGGAAACGGGAAGCCGAAACAGACGUGGUCAAGGACGAAGUCAACGACGACGACCUCUUUGGCGACGACCUAUUCGCCGGCCACGAGGUGGUCGACCUGGUGGACAGGGAGGAGAUGCCCCCGGAGGUGCGCGAGGAGAAAAAGCCCAAAAACUACGUCAAACUCAGUGCCUUUAACUGCGUCAUCUGCAUGGACGACGUUACCGACCUGACCGUCACACACUGCGGCCAUCUCUUUUGCUCGGCCUGUCUUCACUCUGCGCUCCACAUCGAUGUCACCAAGAGGGUCUGCCCCAUCUGCCGGCAAAAGAUUGACAACAGGCCCUCCAACGGCAAGUGGAGCUCAAGGGCAAAAGGGUACUAUCCGCUUGAGCUGAAGCUGAUGACCAAGACGACUCUGGGGAAGAGGGCUGCCAGUUCGUGAUCCCGCCGGGGGGAGGAGAGAGCGGGUCGGUGUGCUGCUAGGGCUGGCCGAAUCCACGGAGAUUAGGAGGGAAGGGCCGCUACAGCCCGAACCCCGGGAUACAGAAGAACUCGGAUUACCCCAAGUUGCGCGGUUUGGCGCUGGGAUGCUCGGUGCUUUUCAGCGGCCGGAUUGGAACGGCGUUUGCAUCAUCUUGCCGAAUACCCACUUCCAUAUUGUAAUCAAUUGCUUCGCGUCAGGAGGGCAGAGUAGGCCGCAUAGGCCCUCAUGUAGAUAGGAAAACGAACAUACAUUCUAUUACCAGGUCAAUG